AUGUCGCCCACUAAGGAAGAGACCGAUUACGAGGACGAUGUCCAUGUCCUGAUUGUUGGGGGAGGCCCAUGCGGCCUACUCCUGGCAUACUUGCUCGCCCAACUUGGAGUCCGGUCCUUGUUGUGUGAACGUUACCCCACCAGACUAGAAGCGCCCAAAGCCCAUGCGCUGUCUCCCAGAUCGCUCGAACUAUGCCGUCAGUUUGGCCUAGAUGUGAAUGAGAUCCGCAAUGCUGGAACCAGCCGGAGCGAGGCGUUCUGGGUUAAUUUCAUCACCCAUUUGAGUGGCAAGCAGGUAGGCAGGCUUCCGUACGAGCGAAUGGACCCGGAGGUCCUGGAGAGCACCCCGACGAUGAUCCACAAUAUCCCACAGCCGGAUUUCGAGGAACUGGUCGCGAAGAAGCUGUCCAAAAGCAGUUUUGUGGAGAUGCGCAAGAAUCAUUCCUUCGUCCGACUUGUCGAUCGUGGUGAUUAUGUUCUAGCCACUAUCGAAGAUCGUUUGACAAAGAAAGAGUACAUUGUGAAGUGCAGUCAUCUCGUCGCAUGCGAUGGUGCCAAGAGUACAGUGCGGAGGUUCUUGGGAAUCGAGAGCGAGGGCGAGGAUUCCUACGAGACAAUGAUGACAAUCCAUGUCAAUGCCAAUCUGCACCCAGUGGUUAAAGAGCGUGUGGGCAUGCUGCACUGGGUGAUGGACCCCGAAGUAUCUGGCUUUAUAAUAGGAUAUAGCCUGGAAGGCAAUCAAGUUUUGAUCUGCAACUUUGAUUCGGAAAAGCACCCAGUCGAGACAUGGGAUGAAGUGCUUUGUCGCAAGACUGUUGAUGCGGCUAUCGGUACCGAAAUUCCAUACGAUGUGCUGAGCUAUCGGCCGUGGAUACUGAGUAGGAAGGUUGCGCAUUCUUAUCGAGAAAACCGUGUAUUCCUAGCCGGCGAUGCUGCCCAUUCGUUCCCGCCUACUGGAGGACUGGGCCUGAACAGCGGUCUGGGAGACGUCCACAAUCUCGCAUAUAAGCUGGCCGCUGUGCACCAUGGAUGGGGAGGCGACGGACUCCUUGACAGCUAUCAAGCUGAUCGGCGACCGAUUGCCUGUAUCAACGCAGAGCAAAGCGUCAAGAAUGGGAAGCAGAUAUUUGGAUUGUUGAAAACGCUCGGAACUACCGAUCCUGACGUUCAAGUCGCGAGACAGAAUCUGUAUCGCAACAUUCAGGAUCCGCACAUUAUGAAAGAGAUCCACAAAGGCAUUGAGGGCCAGCGGGAGCAUUUUGAUAACCUUGGGCUCCAUGUGGGCUAUGUUUAUGGCGACCACCGGCGACCGAACUGCGCGUCCACUUAUGAGCCGGUUUGUGUACCAGGAGCUCGUCUGCCUCACGCAUGGAUCAGGCUGUUGGCCUCGGAUAAUCCGCGACUCCCCCCGAUAGAUUGUUCCUAUGUGACCGAGCUAUCUCCCAAGGAGGUUCAACUGAAACAGUUCUCGACACUGGAUUUGUGCGCGUUCGAUGCCUUCACCCUCAUCGUGGACGUAGAGUCAGCAGACCAUUGGGGGCGAAUUCUCGAGGAGGUGAUACGGCAACUGCCCAGCAAAUGUGCUGGGUUGAAAAUGGAGAUGGUGACCCGCGGGGGCACCUUUGACCUUCAACCGGGGGAUGGCGGAAGAUGGAUGGCGCUGACAAGACUUGCGGAGGGCCAGGCCAUUUUGGUCCGACCGGAUCAACACGUGCUAGCGCGAUUCGAAUAUCCGGGGGAAGCUGGUGGGGUUCUGGGGGAAUUGAGGGCGCAUCUGGCGUGGGAUGAGUGAGCCACCGACGGGCAACCGGAGUUGUGCAGAGCCGUCGGAAAGUCUGGGAAGGUGGCCUGAUGCUCGUCUGAGGGGAGGAGAGGAGGCUUUGCUUGUUGUCUGUAGGUAUCGUUGGUGUAUCCGACGGGUAGAGAAUAGAUGACCGUCUGUGUUGAUGAUAAGCCUGG